GUGUGAGCAAGUUUAGUGUACAACAGAAGCUCGCCCAGCAAAGAUGCCUCCUCCACCACCGCACCACCACCACAACCCACCGCCCCAUGGGCCACCGCACCACGGACCACCGCACCAUGAGCCACAUCCUCCGUUCCAGACGCCAGUGCAUCCAAUCUACUAUGAACCCCCUCAUGGAAACAGCUCCGGCUACAAUCCUCCACCACCACACGGUCCGUAUCCAUAUGGACCAGGAUAUGUGGCACCAGGACCUCCAAUGCACCCGCGAUGAGAAACGAACUGUAGUCUAGAUCGGUCAAUAUAAUGUGAUAAUAAUAAAUUUACACUUGUAUGUGCUUAAAACACAA